GUCAGCAUGAUAGAGUCCAUGGAGAAGGGAAGCAACUUCACUCCUUCUUUUUGACAAUUACAUACUUUUUCUCAUAUGUAACCGGUACCUUUUAGUCAUUAUUAUGACUCAGUGAUUAGUCGUGGUCAUCGCUUAUUUUAACUUGAUUUUUAAUAUUUGGAGGAGGAGAUGAAAGGGGCUUGUCCAACUCAACUUCAAUUAUGGGGACAGACACCUGCCGUGAUCAGGCGCGGCUAACGCGCUAACAUUAGCAGUCAGAGGGACUUCAAAAGUACAAACCAGCUCGACAGGACGACAUGGAGUGGUGACAGGACAUAGGAAAUCUGGAUUAUAAAACUUGUUUGGGAAUAUCAUCGUAUUCAAACGGAGAUAUAUUAACCUUGCGUGUGCUGAUGUAACUAGUUUAGGUGGGAGCUGCUCUAUUUGGGAUCAUGUCUGUGACUGAACUCUACUCUAGGUACACCCGGGUUUGGAUCCCUGACCCAGAGGAGGUUUGGAAGUCAGCUGAAAUCAUCAAGGAUUAUAAGGAGGGAGACAAAGUGCUUCAUCUCAAAUUAGAAGAUGAAUCGUUUGGGUUUCACCGUACUGAGGAAAAACCAGUCGAUAAUUUGCCAGAGUUUAAAGAUCUAACCUUGACCAGUGCAGAGGACUUUACCUACACGUCUCUCGGUGAGAACAUUUUCAUUGAAGGGGUGAACGACGCUGAGGACCUUGUGAAGACAAGAGAAGCUCUUACAAUGCUUGGUGUGAAAGAGAUCCAUCAAAUGAGCAUCUUUAAAGUAAUUGCCUCCAUCUUGCACCUGGGGAAUGUGGGGAUUGUGUCGGAGAGAGAUGGAGAAUCCUGCCAUAUCAACAGGGAUGGCACACAUUUACAUAAUUUCUGUCGGCUGCUGGGUAUAGAGCAGGAGCAGAUGGAGCACUGGCUGUGCCGCAGGAAGCUGGUGACCACUGCCGAGACCUAUGUGAAGAACAUGUCGCAUGCCCAAGCGGUCAACGCCCGAGACGCCCUGGCCAAACACAUUUACGCCCAUCUCUUUGACUGGAUCGUGGAGCACGUCAAUAAGGCCUUGCACACGUCCACCAAACAACACUCCUUCAUUGGGGUGCUGGAUAUCUAUGGAUUUGAAACCUUCGAGAUCAACAGCUUUGAGCAGUUCUGUAUUAACUACGCCAAUGAGAAACUACAGCAACAGUUCAACUCGCAUGUGUUUAAACUGGAGCAAGAAGAGUAUAUGAAGGAGCAGAUCCCCUGGACGCUUAUAGAUUUCUAUGAUAACCAGCCGUGCAUUGACCUCAUUGAAGCCAAGCUUGGUAUUCUGGACCUUCUUGAUGAAGAGUGUAAGGUGCCUAAAGGAACAGAUCAAAACUGGGCGCAGAAGCUGUACAGCCAGCAUUCAAACAGCGGGCAUUUCGAAAAGCCCAGGAUGUCCAACAGGUCUUUCAUUGUGGUCCACUUUGCAGAUAAGGUUGAAUAUCAGUGUGACGGCUUCCUGGAGAAGAACAGAGACACUGUUUAUGAGGAGCAGAUAAACAUCCUCAAGGCCAGUCAGUUCCAGCUGGUUGCGGAUCUCUUCCACGAUGGUAAAGAUGCUGGUCCUCUCUCAGCCACCAGCAAGACAUCCAAGAUCAACGUCCGGGCUGCCAAACCAGUUCCAAAAGGCCACAACCGAGAGCACAGGAAAACUGUGGGCACCCAGUUCAGGAACUCGCUACAUCUUCUGAUGGAAACACUGAAUGCUACCACCCCUCAUUAUGUGCGCUGCAUUAAACCCAACGAUUUUAAGGAAUCCUUUGUGUUUGAUUCUAGAAGAGCUGUUCAGCAACUGCGAGCAUGUGGAGUUCUGGAGACCAUCCGCAUCAGUGCCGCCGGCUAUCCAUCCAGGUGGACCUAUCCAGAUUUCUUCAGCAGAUAUCGGGUGCUCAUGACAAAGAAGGACAUGACCAUUGGGGAUAAGAAGCAAGUUUGUAAGAACCUGCUGGAGACCUUGAUAAAGAGGGUGGAGGAGCUGGAGAAAGAGAACACGUUCUUGAAGAAGGAGAAAGAAGAGGUGAACCGCAGAAUCCAGACCUCCAAUCAGGGUCAGGCAGGUGAUGUGUCUCAGAAAGAGAUCCAUCUGCAGGUUGAACUAGAUGAGGAGAGGCAACGAUAUCAGAAUCUGGUGAAAGAAUAUUCCAGACUGGAGCAGAGAUACGAAAAUCUGCAGGAGGACAUGUCCUCCAUGAAGUUCCAUCCCGGCCACCGGAGGAACCCCUCUAACCAGAGCAGCCUGGGCUCGGACUCCAACUACCCCUCCAUCAGUAUGUCAGAGGUGGGAGACACUGAUGACACCAUCCAGCAGGUGGAGGAGAUGGGCAUAGAGAAGGCUGCCAUGGACCUCAGUGUAUUCAUGAAGUUACAGAAGCGUGUGCGAGAGCUGGAGCAGGAAAGAAAGAGGCUGCAGACCAAUUUAGAGAAAGUAGAGGAACUGAGCACACACAAGGGAAAUGAGCCCAUGAUCUCCACGUCAGAGGACGAUAUAAACGCAGACCUGGCCUACAACAGUCUGAAGCGGCAAGAGCUCGAGACUGAGAACAAGAAGUUGAAGAAUGACCUGAACGAGUUGAGGAAAGCGGUGGCCGACAGGGCCUCCGAUAACAACUCAUCCAAUGAGCUUCAAGAGGGCUACAACCUGCUGCUGAAUCAGCUCAAAGCGGCCAAUGAGGAGCUGGAUGUGUGCAAGGAGGAGGUCCUUAUGCUUAAGACCCAAAUCGUGAACUCCACAAGGCAGUCAGAGAACAUAAACCACAUUGAUUCCAAUGAUGUAUCAGAAUGGACCAACAUCAAGAAGCCCUUGGACUCGGAGGACACUGGUGAUGCGCCUGAUUUAAAGAAUAAAGCUCAAGACUGGGGUUAUUUGAAUGAAGAUGGGGAACUUGGCCUGGCCUACCAGGGUCUAAAGCAAGUUGCCAGGUUGCUGGAGGCCCAGCUGCAGACACAGUCUCGACAGCACAAGGAUGAGUUAGAGGCUCUCCACACGCAAAUCGAACUGCUGAAGGACAGUCUGGAGAAGAAACAGGAAAUGCUGGACCACUUCUCCACACUUUCUCCUGAUGCUCUGGUGGAGUUCAGUGUGCAACAGGAGAUCACACGCCUCACUAACGAAAACCUGGAUCUGAAGGAACUUGUUGAGAAGUUGGAGAAGAAUGAGAAGAAGUUGAAGAAGCAGUUGAGGAUCUAUAUGAAGAAAGUGCAAGAGCUGGAAGUGUCUCAGGCCACAAAGAGCAGACCAGAGCUGACUCGUCAGGUCACCGUACAGAGGAAAGAAAAGGACUUUGAAGGCAUGCUGGAGUACUACAAAGAAGAUGAGGCCUUGCUGGUCAAGACUUUAAUUACAGAGAUGAAGCCCAAUGCGGUGUCGGCCACAGUCCCCUGCCUCCCUGCUUACAUCCUCUUCAUGUGUAUCCGUCAUGCCGACUACAUCAACGAUGACCAGAAAGUUCAUUCACUCCUUACCACAACCAUCAAUGCCAUCAAAAAGGUCCUGAAGAGAAACAACGAUGACUUUGAGAUGACCUCCUUCUGGCUGGCAAAUGCCAGUCGAGUUCUGCACUGUCUGAAGCAGUACAGCGGGGAUGAGGCGUUCAUGACACAGAACACUGUCAAGCAAAACGAGCACUGCCUGAAGAACUUUGACCUGGCUGAGUAUCGGCAGGUUCUGAGUGACCUCUCCAUCCAGGUCUAUCAGCAGCUCGUCAGAGUAGCAGAAGGCAUCAUGCAACCCAUGAUUGUUUCUGCCAUGCUUGAGAGCGAGAGCAUCCCCAGCCUGGCCGGUGUGAAGCCCAUGGGCUACAGGAACCGCUCCUCUAGUUUGGACUGUGAGAGCGGAGGUCCAGCGGGCUACACGCUACAGGCCCUGAUCAGACAGCUGGGACAGUUUUACACCGUCAUGGCGGACCACGGCCUGGACCCUGAGAUCAGCCAGCAGGUGGUUCGCCAGCUCUUCUACUCCAUCAAUGCAGUGACCCUCAACAACCUGCUGCUGCGCAAAGAUGUCUGCUCUUGGAGUACCGGCGUGCAGCUCAGGUACAACAUCAGUCAGUUGGAGGAAUGGCUAAGAGGAAAGAAUCUGCACCAGAGUGGAGCUGUAGCCACCAUGGAACCUGUUAUCCAGGCCGCCCAGCUGCUGCAGGUGAAGAAGAAGACCUCCCAAGAUGCAGAGGCCAUUUGCUCGCUCUGUACCGCCCUCAGCUUACAGCAGAUUGUGAAGAUCCUCAACUUGUACACUCCACUCAAUGAUUUUGAGGAACGAGUCACGGUGUCUUUCAUAAGAGACAUACAGAAUCGCCUCCAAGAUCGAAUAGAAAACAACCAACUGCUGGUAGACACUAAAUACACCUUCCCUGUGCUCUUCCCUUACACUCCAUCUGCGCUCAGUUUGGAAACCGUACACAUCCCGGCCUCCCUCAGCCUGCACUUCCUCACACGGGUCUGACAUCUCAAAUCUCUCUGUCUCGCUCUGAGCGGCCUGUAGCGGCCCAUCGCAGAUCUGCUAACCCACAUACUAACAACACCACACGUGUGGGAUUUACAGUAUCAACAUUUAACAAGACGGACAAUUCUCCCUGACCGACUAACUGUGAUGUUGAGACGGUUUCAAUAAGGGGGGAAAUAAGUCUAAAUGAUGCAGGUGUAAAUACGCUGUCAGCCUUUUGACUUUCCUUCUAUAACACUCAACCAGUUCUCUCUGGGCUCCCAUUUUAUACAAGCAAGGCUAUUGAAAUAUGAAGUUUAAACACUAUAUUUGGAUUGGGAUGUGUUUGUCUUUGACUAAUUCUUAUGAUUAAACAAGUGUAAUCUAAAUUAAAGUAAGAGGGUUUUGGGCUACUGACAUGAAACACUAGUGCAAGAUGUAUGUGUCUGUAUUCAUGUAUCUGUAUUAGUGUGCACUGAUUUCUUUGUGUUUGUAAUGGAAAAGUGUCUUUUAUUUCCCUUGCUUGUGCUGGAGCACAGUCUCAUCUCAGAAACAUGGGCUCCCACUGAAGCAACGCCACAAUCUCGCUUUUUUUUUCUAGGUGAACUUGUAAAAUCGGCUGCCAAGAUUCAUUCCCACAACCUCUAGCAAAAAGAAGCAGGAAAUCUCUGCAUUGCAGUGGCUGUUGCCAGUGGAUCGGACUCUCCGAACAGGGGCUUUUUAAGCUUUUUUUCUCCGCAUGUGUUGAAGAAACCAAUGCAGAAACUUGGGACCCUGAAUCACAGGGCCAGCAAAUGUGGCCGAUUGUGAAAGUGACCAUGACAAGUGGAAGUAUGUGGAGCGGUGGGAACGAGGAUGAUGAGAGGAGUUUGAGCUGGGAUAUUUAAUAUUCUGUUGAAAUAAAUAAUCUUGUGAUUGUUUGUUGGUGGAAUCUAGAAUGUGCUGGAAGGCAUGUGCAAGUAUGAUGAAGAAAUGUAUCUAAAGAGGCGUCAUAUACACUGGGAUGAGUUUUAUGGUGUACAGAAAUACAUUCUCAAAGCUACCAGGUUACUAUUUCAUGAAAGCAAUUAUCACAAUUUACUUUAUACUUUACACAGCUCUGUAAAUGAUUGUGUAAUCAAAUAGCAAUAACUACGCAUUGUUUAC